AGAAGGGGCGGAUAGGAAUGUUGUAAUCCGUCAUUGCUGUUUUCUGGGCUAAUAAAGCCACUUCAGCUUUAUGGCAUUCUUUUCUCAUCUGAGCGUAAAUGAAGACGUCAUUGCGUAAAUGCUGGAUAAAUAAAUUGUCAAAGAACAGGUGGACCGCUCAAGCUAGGACCGCAGAGUAAGAUAAAAAUAAACCAAACACAGGCCUCAAGAAAGCCCCAAGAUUCAAUUUACGGAUUGUUGCCAUUCAUGCAACAUUCCCAGAUUAUCCUCAAGCAGGAAAAAGGCGUCAUAUUACCACUGAUUCAUAAUCCAAGGAGGCUUAUCACUUACUACUCUAACGUUCCUUGGUCAAAAGGGCUUCAAACUCAGCUUUUUCUAUCCGUACUUCCCCUUUUCUUGGUAGAAUGCAACUUAUUACCAUCAUCACUGAAUCGCACUUCAGUUGAUGCUCAACUUUGGUGUACUCAUUGUUCUGAUCGUUGCAAUGAGCACAACAAACGCUACAGAUACUGCCGGCCAAACAAAUCAAUUCGAUCAAAAUGUCGCUCAAAGAAAAAGUGAUGGGCAUUCACAAAAUGGUUUAUUGGUAGGCAGCUUAAUAGGUGCUUUUAUGUUUACUUUGCUGGUGAUUUUGAUGUUUUGCUUGUAUAGAAGACGCAAACGGUUUCAACUUGAUCAAUUUUUCCCCAAAAGAAGGGAUUCAUUCUCGCCAGAAACAAAUCAGUCACAUGGACCAAUCGCAAUCUUUUCAACGCCGGAUUUGGAAAUCAAUGAAAAGUCAUACCAUCGUCAUUCUCUGCCUCUGCCACAACGAAGCAGGUCACCUCUAGCAAGAGCACAUUCGAUCCACGUCAGUUCAGCAGAAGCUUACUUACAUCAAACGGAAUUAGAGUACAAUCCAUGGGACAAUGUAGAGACGGAUGCAAGACAUUCAAUCUCACGAUCAAGUUUGGUAAGCAUUGCGAAUCCAUGCGUUCGUGAUGUUGAUCCAGAAUGCGUUCCUGCUGUUUCACCUUGGCCAACGAUGGAAGUUGCAGGCCUGACAAGUUUUCCAAGUUUGGUAAGCGAUCAACAAAUACUGCCCGAAUCACUUUCGAGAGCGUCAAGUGGUAGUGAUCACAGACAAAGUUCAGACGUUCAUGCUCACUUACCUCCUCAACGACCAAGACCGAUUUCAUGUGCUGCAGAUUUUGCCGGUCCUAUGCUGCAAAGUGAUUUCACCGUUUCGCCCAUCUCAAAGAAGACACCCAGCUCAGGCCAUGAGAGUAUGAUUGAUACCGCUCUUACUUCGAUCGGACAUGGCUCAGAUAAUUUGAACGUUCGUCAAAAUUCAACACGGUCUAGUAUCGUAUGGUCAAAUGAGGUGGACAGUGGCGUUCCAGUGAGCCAUAGACGAAGCAAUGCAAGAGCAAGGGUGCAAAAUUUGAGUUUCAAACGAGUGCAUCGAAGAGCAAUCAUGUCACUAAGCACAUUGGAAGUACGACCAAAGAUGAAGCGUGAUAGGUCUGAUCGUAGUAUUUCUGGAUCACCAUUUUCGGGCGUCAGACGAGCAAAGACUUCUGAACCUUCUCUCUUGCACUCGACGCCGAGAGAAUUUCAAUCAGUAAGCAUGUCAAGCACAUUCAGGUCAAACAUUGCUCGAUCAGAUGGAGGCUACAACACAGAUCAGCGUAAUCUACACAGACUUUCAAGCCCGGUCACUUUAAUGACAUCCGCGACAGAUCCACAGCUGCUAGUUCGAUCUGGUUCGGGAAACCAAGAUAUUGUCUCUCCAUUCGAGCAUUGGCUUAACACGAAUCAAACCCAUCGUGGUUCAUCGCAUACGAUCAAUUCACUAACCGGCAGAAGACGUUCUUCGUUACGUUUGAUUGGCAAUUCUACUUUGGAUUCUUCUGCUCAAAUGGAAAGAUCAUCUUUUGAUACGAAUGAUUAAUGUAUGUACACUUUUACUCUUGUCUGGCACAAUUG